GCAAGUGGGCGUUGCACUACACCAUAAAGAACAACUUCCUGCAAGCGUCGUUGGACGUUUUGGCUGAGAUCUGGAACAAACGUGCUUACCACUUUGAUGAGAGCCACAUGAAGAAGAUACAGGCGUACCUUGUGGAGAGGGGGUUUGCAGACAAGGGACGACAACUCGGUCAACAACAGGGAGACUCAGGAGAGGAGGACGAAGAUAACCCAGAGCGAGUGGCGCAGGAAGACGACGAACAGGGUGGAGGGGCGUGUGAGGCGCCUGAGAGUGGAGGUGCUCGGGAUGUUUCGCGGGGUGGUGACGACAAGUCUGCGGAGGUUCCCAUCGAUGUUGAGAGGGAGGCGGAGCGUGACUGCGGGGAGUUGAGGGCAGAGAAGAGAGCGGUCACUGGCGUUGGGACGUCAAGGAAGAGGAAGACUUCUUCGCAGCCCCUGCCAGCGACAGCAACCACGAAGAAGCUUCGCCAAUCGCGCAUGGAAGAGUCGUUCGAUCCUAAAUGGCAGCGAGACAGGGACGCGUAUUUCUUGCAAUGGUUCUAUGCCUGCGGCAUCCCAUUCCACGCGGCAAGGAGGCCGGAGUACAACACGUUCAGGAGGCACCUCGCGACAUGUCCCCCUCGGGUUCAUCCGUCUCUGCCCAACUAUCGCCGCAUCUCUGGCGAUGGUAUUGUCAAGCAGGACAAGGAUGUUGCGGAGAUGCUGGCGACGCUCAGGAGAGAUGUGGUGGUGACAGGAACGACCAUCCUCACGGACGGUCGCAAAUCCAUCACUGCUUAUCAGAUCGUCAACUUUUUGGCAGUUGGAUCUUCAGGGGCGUACCUGUUGAGGACAGUGCAGAGGGACGGGGCUGAGCAGGACACGGCAAGUGUGGUUCUGAGGCGGUGGAAGAAGGUGCUCGAUGACUUCGGCAUCGAAAAUGUCAAUGCGAUUUGUACGGACUCUACGGGGACAUACGUCGCGGCUGCCAAGUUCCUUGCGCAGGACAAGGAUCUUCAAUACAGUUGCAUCACUUGGCCUCCGUGUGCGGUGCAUGUCCGCAACCUGAUGUUGUCAGACAUUGACAAGGACGGGCGAGAUGGUGGCGUUGGACACACGGAGGACACGAUCAUCAAAGCGAGGGCGGUCGUGAGAUUCAUUCGGUCACACGGGGCCGCCCUCACCCUUUUCCGGCGAUUCUCCGCGCGUCACCCGACCAAAGGGCAGACAGCGCCGUCGUCGGCUUUGAGCGGCACCUCCGGUCGAGGUCGGGAGCUCAUUUUACCCAGUGCAGACCAGAUUCACCACGCAGUACCUAAUGUUAGAGCGGUUGUUGGAGCAAUGUCACAUGCUUAAGGAUAUGAUGAUUAGCGACGAGUGGUUGCGACAGCCGUGGAGGUGGAGCUUGUGGCUUCAGUCGC